GGGAAGUGUUUUAGCUACAAAUCAUAUCUUGAGAAACAUCUGACAAUUCACACAGGAGAGAAGGCAUUUUCAUGUCCUGAAUGUGGGAAGUGUUUUAGUGAGAAAUCAAAUCGUAAUACACAUCUGAGAACUCACACAGGAGAGAAGCCAUUUUCAUGUCCUGAAUGUGGAAACUGUUUUAGUGAGAAAUCAAGUCUUAUUAAACAUCAGAGAACUCACACAGGAGAGAAACCAUUUUCAUGUCCUGAAUGUGGGAAGUGUUUUAGUGAUAAAUUUAGUCUUAUUAAUCAUCAGAGAACUCACACAGGAGAGAAACCAUUUUCAUGUCCUGAAUGUGGAAAGUGUUUUAGUCAGAAACCAAGUCUUAUUAAACAUCAGAGAACUCACACAGGAGAGAAGCCAUAUUCAUGUCCUAAAUGUGAAAAAUGUUUUACUGAUAAAUCAAAUCUUAUUAAACAUCAGAGAAUUCACACAGGA